AUGCCAUCGAUUUUUAUCUAUAUUCAUCACCUGCUAAAUUUAGAGGAACAUACUAAAUCUUCCAUUGAUAGUAUUAGUCGAAAUGCUUUAAAAGGUCUGCACUUACAUGAUUCAUCAAUUAAUGAACUCCUGAAAGGCAAAGGAAGGUUACAAAAAUUUCAGCCAAAUUUUAGAGGAAAUCUUUAUUCAUUGAAGAUCAAAAUAUCCUAUUAUGCAGGAAAGUCUCUAAACAGUGUGGUUCUAGAUUGGCCUUCAAGAUUCAAAAUAGCAGUUGGAGCCGCAAGGGGGAUAUCCUAUCUCCACCAUGAUUGCAUCCCUCACAUAAUACAUAGAGAUAUUAAGUCAAGCAAUAAAUUGUUGGAUCAAAACUUGGAGGCUCGAGUAUCCGAUUUCGGACUAGCUACUUUGAUGCAACCAGAUAAAACUCAUGUUUCAACUUUAAUUGCUGGAACUUUUGGAUACUUGGCUCCUGAGUAUUUUGACACAGGGAAAGCUACAGCAAAAGGGGAUGUCUAUAGCUUUGGGGUUGUGUUACUUGAGCUUCUAAAAGGGAAGCCAGCAGGCGAAGUAUUUAUUGAGGAGGGAACUAAGCUUGUGACCUGGGCGAAGACAGUUGUCCAAGAAAAACAAGAAGAGCCUGUACUUGACAGCAGUUUAGAAGAUUUUCCUGUUGAUGAAGUUAACGGUGUAUUUAACAUAGCACUAAUGUGCCUUGAGCCAGAACCAUACAAAAGACCUACCAUGGAAGAGGUUCUCAACAUCCUAGAGGCGAUCAAAACAGACGAAUCUGUAUCAGAAAUGUGA